CUCCUUAAAUAUGUUUCAUUUCGUUCCCUUUUCACUGCUGCUGCAACGGAAAUAAUAUCUCAUCAAGUUGUUUGUUUGUAAAUGUGUAAUCAAAUCACUUAGUUAAACAUAGUCAUCUGAAAGAUGUAUGCCGCAAGAGUCAUUCCAUCAGAGCAUAAGGAUCUCAUACACGAUGUGUCAUUCGAUUUUUACGGUAGAAGAAUGGCUACCUGUUCAUCCGAUCAAAGCGUCAAGGUAUGGGAUCAAGAUGAUGAUGGAAACUGGCAAUGUACUUCAGACUGGAAGACCCAUUCAGGCUCUGUGUGGAAAGUAACAUGGGCUCACCCAGAAUUUGGACAGGUUUUGGCUACUUGCUCCUUUGAUAGGACUGUCUCUAUUUGGGAAGAGCAAGUUGGAGACUCUGGUGUCUAUGCCUCCGGUCGCAGCCACUGGGUUCGUAGAUCUGCUCUUGUUGAUAGCAGAGCGUCUGUAACAGAUGUCAAAUUUGCACCAAAACACCUUGGGCUAAUUGUCGCAACGUGCUCAAAGGAUGGCGUUAUUCGAAUCUACGAAGCGCCAGACAUGAUGAAUCUAAGCCACUGGUCGCUGAAGGAUGAAAUUCACACCAAAAUGGCAUGUAGCUGUUUAUCAUGGAGCCCUUCCAGAGUUCACCCAAUAAUGCUUGCGGUUGGUAGUGACGACAGCAGCAAUAACACGGAACCAAAAACACAUAUAUACCAGUUAAACGACAAAUGGCUAAAGAUACCAUCUAUCACAUCAUCAACAGAUCCAGUUCAUGAUGUAGCAUUUGCUCCAAAUGUUGGCAGGCCACAUCAUUUGCUAGCCAUUGCUGGAAAAGAUGUACAAAUACUGGCCAUCAGGCCCUCGUCGCGUGAUGUAACGAAUGCUGGCAUCCCAACAAAAAUGGAAGGGAGCGUUGCGGCCGUUUUCAAAGAUCACGACACACAGGUUUGGCGCGUGGAGUGGAACAUCACUGGGACCAUUUUAGCCUCCUCGGGUGACGAUGGCUGUAUUCGACUAUGGAAAGCUAACUAUCUAGACAACUGGAAGUGCAUUGCAGAAUUGAAAGGAGACGGAGCUCCACUCCCGGGGUCUAAUAUCAGGCGUCAAAGUGGACAGAACCAACAGGGACACAGAGAGCCUGGUCAGUUUAGUGCUGCUAAUUUGGCCAACUUCAAGUCCCAUCCGAUGUGGUGAAUCAGUAUCUCUUUUAAGAUUAGAAAAUGUUGGUACCUGUAAAUUGUUGUUGAUAAUUUCAUGUUUUUGUUUUUUAAGCUGGACAAUUCUGUAUUUUCAGAAAAGAAAUAUUAAGAUGGUUAGAAAA